GUCACCUCUCGUGUACGACCGCAAAGCUCAUUCACGCGGAACAAUCUCGAGCGCAACCUCGACUAAAUAUCGUCGAUCGAAGCUGCGAAUCCUUCCAUUACCUCACAUACUCGCUCUGGCUCCGCGCAACCACAGGCAGCCUGCACGCGAUUGCCCCACUCAGAUCGCCCUCCGCCGCUCAUACAUCGAUCAAUCAACACACCAGGCGACGCGCGCUCCGAGAACCACGCUCGCUGAAGCCCCCACAAUCCUCCGGUCUUCAAAAUGAGCAACGCCGACUUCCUCGGCCGGGCCAUCGAGACGGUCAAAAAGGCAAUUGAGACGGACACGGCGGGCGAAUAUGAGAAGGCGUAUCAGCUGUACUACAGUGCUCUCGAACUGUUCAUGCUCGCUCUCAAAUGGGAGAAGAACCAGAAGUCCAAGGAUAUGAUCCGCGGCAAGGUAGCCGAAUACAUGGAGCGCGCCGAGAAGCUCAAACAACAUCUGAACCAAAAUGACGCCUCGAAUCGCAAGAAGCCAGCAGCCAUGGGCUCGAACGGCAAAGCAGCAGGUGGAAGUGGAAAGGGCGGAGGCGACGAAGACGAAGGCGAACAAGACGCCGACUCCAAAAAGCUCCGCGGUGCGCUCGCCGGCGCCAUUCUAUCCGAGAAGCCCAACAUUCGAUGGGAAGACGUAGCAGGUCUGGAGAUGGCAAAAGAAGCACUCAAGGAGGCCGUCAUAUUACCCAUCAAGUUUCCACACUUGUUUACUGGAAAGCGACAACCAUGGAAGGGCAUUCUUCUCUACGGGCCACCUGGUACCGGUAAGAGUUACUUGGCAAAGGCGGUCGCUACCGAGGCGAACAGCACAUUCUUCAGUGUCUCUAGUUCCGAUUUGGUCAGCAAGUGGAUGGGUGAAUCAGAACGACUCGUAAAGCAGCUCUUCGGUAUGGCUCGCGAAAACAAACCCUCGAUCAUCUUUAUUGACGAGAUCGACGCUCUCUGCGGACCUCGAGGUGAGGGCGAGUCGGAAGCAUCACGGCGUAUCAAGACAGAACUGCUAGUGCAGAUGGACGGUGUCGGCAAAGACUCGAAGGGCGUGCUUAUUCUCGGUGCAACCAACAUCCCGUGGCAACUCGAUUCUGCCAUCCGAAGACGAUUCCAGCGGAGAGUUCACAUCAGCCUGCCAGAUCAACCCUCCAGGAUGAGGAUGUUCGAGCUUGCGGUUGGCAACACACCUUGCGAGCUGAGCCAGGCCGACUACAAGAAGCUAGCCGAGCUCAGUGAGGGAUAUUCCGGGUCUGAUAUCUCGAUUGCGGUACAAGACGCGCUCAUGCAACCCGUACGACUCAUCCAGACAGCGACACAUUACAAGCCUGUCGAGGUAGACGGCCAAACAAAGUGGACACCGUGCUCGCCCGGUGACCCGCAAGCAGAGGAGAAGUCGUGGACAGACCUAGACGGCGAUCAGCUACUCGAGCCACCUCUAAAGGUCAAGGACUUUGUCAAGGCGAUUAAGGCUUCAAGACCGACUGUGAGUAGAGAGGAUCUGGACCGCAGCGCCGAGUGGACAAAGGAGUUUGGCAGUGAGGGCGCGUAGACGAACCGUUUGUUGUCGUUUGAGGCAGUGCUGUAUAUCUUCGAGGCGCUUUUGGUGUUUAUAUCCCGUUCUAGCAUAGCGAUCCCAGGCCGCACAUGGAUCGGCCGGCGUUGAUGCUUCGAAUACAUGAGCAAGUUGAGGCCUUUUCCCCCAAAUGAUGCUAUAAAGGCAAUACUCCAUGUACAUCCAUAGUCCACUUCCAUGUGUUCUGCAUUGAGGAAAACAUCGUUACAACUUGUCACUGGGGAUGGCUAGAGGUUGUGUCGCAUUUUGCUGCACACACUCUAUCAAAUCUUA